AUGACCGUUGCUCAAACCACCCAACCCACCACAAUCAUCAGCAAACUGUAUCCCAUAUACACAACCAGGUCAAAGACUGAAAACAGCCAAACCAUUCACACCACCACUGUCGCACCAGGAAGAGACUACUACAAUACAGACAGCAACAAGGAACUCUUCCCUACAUCCCACACUGGGGGAGAAUACACCAAAGCUCAAGAUUACAUCACAAACAUCUCCUCUACACUCAAGACGGAGAGAAGCAACACCGAAGCAGAUGAUAUGAACCUCAUCCCUUCUUUCAAGAAUGAGUUAGUGAACUAUAUUGAUGUCAUACCAACAUCUCAGACCAAUGGAAACCAUACUCAAGAUGAGGGCAAGGACAUUGAUGACCAAGGCUACAUUGCCUCCAAUACAACCCAAACUGAGAACUAUAAUAUCACCACAGAGCCUACCACUACAGCUACUGCAAGAUCCACCAUAUCCACAAUGGGAGGCAUGACUGUAAAUGCUGCUUUGACUGGGAAGAAGGUACUAGACAUUUCUUACAAAUGAAUGCAAAAUACUGGCAAUUUUUGCAAAAAUGUCAACUUUUCAGCAUACAUUAUAAAUUAUAAUUUGCUUUCCUUCACAGAUGAGGUCUUGUAAAAUAUUUAGCUGCAUCGGAAUAACAUGCUACAAACAUAUGAAGGCCAUUGAGGAGUUGUGUGAGGAGGGCAUGGACUUCUGUGAGGUAAGAAGACACCCAUUCCUAUUGUGGCUUUCUAACAAACGUCUUUACCAUGCAAUGUCAAUAUUCAAUAGGCUUGGUUAUCAACAUGUAAGUUAACCUGAAUCUUAACUGUUCAUGGAUGAAGUGUUGUUGUUAAUGAUGAUGAUUAUGCUACUGCUGAUGGUGAUGAUGAUCACAAGGAUGAUAUUGAUAGUGAUGAUGAUAAAUACAACUGAUACACCAUACACUAUCCCACAGCUCAAGAAAGCCUCAAGCCAGGUCACCUGGAAUACAUACGUGGCGGUGUGGAGUGCUGGAUGCUCCAGAGACUGCAGACAGCGUACUAAGUGUGGUCCCUUCAGCUCGUACCAAUGCCACAAGGAGUGUUGUGUGGCUGGGUCUGUCUCCUGUCUCAGACUGGACGGUUAUCUCAACAUGCCUGUCAACUCUGCCUGCUGUGGCCUGGGGAGUCUCGCCCUCCUGGCCCUGAGUGUAACCUCUCUACUGGGCAGUCUACUCAACACUCGCUAA